CCUCACGUGUUGUACCAAACAUAACCUAUAAGACUUACUCUAAAACGUUUUAUAUUAAAAACAUAUAUUAUAUCAUAAAAUAAUUAUAAUUAUGGAUGAAACUGAUACACAAAUUGAAUGUGCACUCCGUCCAAUGAUAUGUGAACUGAAUAAACUUUCGAUGCCUGAUGGAUCAGCAAUGUUAAUGCAAGGUGAUACAGCUGUUAUUGCAGGUGUUUAUGGACCCAUAGAAGCAAAAGCACAGAAAAUGAUUUAUGACAAAGCUUCCGUUGAAGUUGUUUAUAGUCCUUUAAAAGGACCUCAAAAGAUAAACGACAGGGUGGUUGAAUUAUAUUUAAAAGAAUCGUGUGAGGCUGCCAUUAUUGUUAAUCUUCAUCCGGCUUCCGCUAUCAGCAUAAAUGUACAAGAAAUUGUGGAUAAUGGCGGGUUAUUAGCUUGUAGUAUUAAUGCUGCAUGCUUGGCUUUAAUUAAUUCAGGAAUUUCUUUGAAAUUUACCGUGGCUGCUGUUAAUUGUAUGAUUGAAAAAGAUACAGGAAAUGUAAUACUUGAUCCAAACAGUGAUCAAUUGCAGAAAUCGAGAGCAGUUUUAACUUUUACGUAUGACAGUAUAAAAAGAAAUUUUAUCUCUUGUCAAACAUCAGGACGUUUCACCGAUAAGGAAUUUGUGGAAUGUUUGGACAAAUGUGAACAAGCUAGUACACGGAUCUUUGAAUUUUAUCGUGAUGUUGUUAAAAAAUAUGUAACGGCAAUAUAAUU